UAGCAGGUCAGUAACAUGUCUGUUUUGUUUUCCCCAGAUUUCAUCAUUUAAAUUGUUGGUUUUAAUGCACUUGAUGCCAGUUUAUAGAAAGCAGUAUGAAGUUUUCAUCUUGUAUUCAUCAAGGAAGUCGCCUCUGCCCCAGAUGUUCUCCUAAUUCACUGCUGGAGCGGCGGAUGGAUGGAUGGAUGGAGGGAGUGAUGGACUGAUGGAUGGAUGGCUGGAGAGCCUGGAGAGUUUAUACCUGCCAAGAGUCUGCGGCGAGUACAGUAAUCUGAAUAACAGCUUUUACUGGCUGGAAUGUAUUGACCGGCUUCAGAUUUAGCAACUCAUUCCAAAAGCCUCCCUCCCUCCCCCAUUGCCUCCCAGUAUCCCUCCACUCCCUCUCUCCCUCCCUCCCUCCCUCUUUCUCUCUGUCAUCCCUGUUUUCAUCUCUGCUGUGCAGUCAGUCUGCCUCCAGCUGAUGAGCGUAUUGGCAGCUGCAUUAUUCCACCCUGCUGAGUUAUUGGGAUUUGUUUUCUACUUUUCCUGCUUCGUAUGAAAGCAGUGCAUGCACCUCUAUGUGUGUGUGCAUUGGGUGUUAUUGGGUUAAUUGUUAUUGACUGACUAUUAGUAUUUUUUUUAUUCUAUUAAUAUUUUUUUUUUGUUUUGCCCCACCUCCCAGGGCGUGGAAAGCCAGAGAGGAUGUUCUCGUCUUCGUCCAGAAACUCUCUGUUAUCGCCCUGGUCGUCCAUGGAGCACUCGGACACUGAAGCGUUGGACAUCAGCACCAAGGUGCAGCUGCACGGCGUGCUGUGGAAGAGGCCCUUCGGACGGCCGUCGGCCAAGUGGUCCCGCAGAUUCUUCAUCAUCAAAGAGAGCUUCUUGCUCUACUAUGCAGAGAGCGAGAAGAGAAACUUUGAGAGCAACAGGUACUUCAACAUCCACCCCAAGGGAGUCAUUCCUUUGGGAGGAUGUGUGGUGUCGGCUAAUGAAAACAUUGGCAUGCCCUUUGCCAUCGUGGUCAACCUGGAAGACUUCACCGGCACCAUAGUCCUGGCUGCUGAGUCUGGGGAGGAUCAGGUCCAGUGGAUGGAGAUGCUGCAGGAGUCGGGGAAAGUCACGUGGAAGAACGCCCAGCUGGGGGAGGCCAUGAUCGAGAGUCUGGAGGCUCAGGGGCUGCAGCUGGCCAAGGAGAAGCAGGAGUAUCUGGAUAAACUGAUGGAAGAGACUGAAGAGCUGAGUCAUCAGAGAGCACAGAGAGAGGAGCUGGAGCGUCUGAACCAGGUUCUGGAGGAGGAGAAGAUGAAGUUUGAGGAGGUGGUGUUGGAGCUGAAGGCGGAGCAGGAGCAUAUCAAACUAGAUCUGGACGGCACCGCUCAGUCCCUGAAAGGUGUUGAGAGUGAAAAAGAGGAGCUGAGCAGUUUAACCGUCAUGCUGCAGAAAUCCAUCGAGGAGCUCUCUCAGGAGAAGAAGAGAACUCUGGAGCUGCUGGGUGUGAAGGAGGAGAAGAAGGAGGUCGAGACGUCAGGGGAGAGCUCAGCCUGCAGGACGUCUGAGGACGGCGAGGAUCCCGGAGACGUGGACCUGCUGCAGGACCUGCGACACAUCGAGGAGCAAAUGAAGAUCCUGCUGAAGGAGAAGGGGCAGGCUGACGACAUGCUGAGGGAGAACGAUGAGCGGGCUAAAGUCCUGCAGCAGGAGAGGGAGUACUACUCGUCUCAGGCUCGGACGCUGCAGCAGUCGCUCUCUCAGCUCACCGUGGACAAGCAGCAGACCGAGGCCGAGCUCAAGACGGAGAUCGAGUCUCGGGUGGAGCUGGAGAAGAGACUGAAGCAGGCUGAAGAGGCUCUACAGGAACUGGAGAAAGGCCUGGAAUCACUGGAGCGGACCAAAGAGACCGAUGAGAAGAUGAAGGGGGGUGUGAAUCAGCUGAGGAAAUUCUUUGAGGAUUGUAUCUGUGCAGCGGAGAUCGAGGCGAAGCUUCCAGCGAUAAUGAAGAACGCUGUGUAUCUUCACAAAGCUGCUGCACGCAGAAUUAAGAGCUGCCGGAUCCAGAGGAGAGCCUCAAAACGCCUCUGGUUAAAACAUUCCAAGUCUUUUGCUGUAGCAAAUGCUGACAGCGACAACAUGGAGGAACUGCGGGAGACGGCCAGACGACUGACCUCUGACAGCAGCUUCAGAGAGAGCGUGUAUAAGAUCAUCGCUCGCAAGGACGCGACGAACAAAACAGAGGACUGAGCGAUGUGAACGUGAGCGGCGUAGAGAACCUGAUACCAAACCCACCAUUUGUUUGAUGGAAUCUCUGGUUGCAAUCUUAAUCUCCUAUUAUAUGUAACAGCACUGGUUCUAAGUUCCCACAUGGAUUCACUGGUUUGAAGUCCUUCUUUAAACCAUUUGGUAGAAAAGUGUGGUAGAAAAACCUUCAGAUUUAAUUUAGCCAAAGAGUGAUUAUGAUGUUACUUAACAUUAAAAACACAGUAACACUUGUUAUAGAUCAUAAUGUUUAAGAACGAUCAGUCAGCCUUGUUUGAUUGUAGCCUUGUACAUUGAAUUUCUAGUGUUAUAGUAUUUUAUUUUAAUAGAUUCAGCAGCUAGCACAAACAAUGCAAAUCCAUCUGGUAAAAUGUUUGUUUUAUUAUUCUGGUUUUGAUUGUAUGCACAGAUUGUGUCCUUUACUUUAACAGAGUUCUUACGAAAACAAUGAAAUCACAUAUGUGUAUGAUAUUGAUCUUGACCAUUUCAUUAUUGCUACAUCUGAAAAUCUGUCCUUCGCGAAGCAACUCAAUGACACAAGCAUUUAAUGAUAACAUCAGAAAUGGUACAGAAAAUAAGCCCGAAUGUCUAAGUAAAGGGGAACAUAUUAUGGACUGAAAAACAUGCCUUGAUGACAAUAAAGCUGUGUUUGAACCUU